CGAACUCCUGCUGCUCAACGACCACCCACAAAGCGUUGUCAGAACGCCCGGUGGGGACGGCCAAGAGCGUAUCAGCUCUGUCACGAUCUAGAACUAGUCUGCUCGAGGCUAGGCAGCAGGCGUCGUGGGAAGACACGGCCGGUACAACACUACCCGGUGGCACGCUUCCCUCAGGGCCUCCUCUGUCCGAUUGGGGCGCAUAUAUCUGUCGUACUCUUGCGGGCAAGAACUAUCUAUCUCUUUCUGUGCACCCGUCUACUUUGGUUGCUGGACGUGUGUCAACGCUGCUUGACUUGAUUUACGACUUCUGGAAUACAAUUACGGAGCGUCGACUUUGUUCCAGCACGGGUUUGGACAUUGAAACGCGCAUAUAUCUAUCUAUCAGGCGCCCAGCGGUACCGUCUUACACCCUACCGGUAGCCAACGUCUACGUUCACUUACGAUUACGACCUUCCAGCAAUCACGAUGCUCACGAGUACGUCCCCGAUGGCCUCCCCGCUCCCAUCCCACCCACGAUCGCGCGCAACACUCCCCUCACAUUCCUCGCAGCCCCGACCCCGUUCUCUCUUCACGACAGAAGCGCUCAACUCUCUCUCCUCCUCCCUUCCGCGCACAUCUACCCUCCGGCUCAACCAGCGAAACGCCCCUCCAGGGACGAACGAGAAUCUGGCACGACGUUCCGCCCAUGGGCGUGGUCAGAGCCCGCCCCUUCCACCUCUGCCUCUUUCCGCUCCUGGCGUCUCGCUGUCCCUUGGGAGGAGCGAAGGGCGCCUCGCCCGAAUAUCGCUAGAGGAGGAAGAUAUCGAGCUCGACCCACCGCCCGCAUACACCGCCCGCCCUCACUCGAGCGAGGCGUCGGUAUCCUUUGGUCCGCUCAGACCAUGGGGUACACCCUGGCAACCACCGCAGCUCUCUUCAUCCGCCCCGUCAUCCGCUGUCGACCUCCCGCCUCCGCCUUCGUUUAGGGAUGGAGGGGCGAGAUGCACGAGCUUAGGAGGUGAACUUGGGGAACUGCAUUCUCCACCGGGGGUGGGAAGGGCGUCCCACCAGCAGACUGUCAGUGACCCGCUUGUACAUUCCCGUGCCAGAGGACGAGCGAGCACGACAGACGACUCCUUCAGCUUACGUAGGGAGGAAGAACAUCCUCUCCCGCCUGUACCUCCUCUACCCGUGACGAACCCCCACCAACACUCGCCCUUAGUUCAAGCGUCGUACACCCUUCCGUGGACAAACGAAGACUACGACUCUGAUGGAUCUUUCCACUCUGUUGGCUCGCAGCCGUCUCUUUCCCCAGUAGUAGCAACAGAGUAUCGCUCUCCUUUCCUUCCGCCGCCUUCGCCUUCCUUCCCCUCCGCCACGUCCAGCGUCUCCCCAUCCUCCGCACGACCCGCCCCGUCCCCCAGCUCAGCAGUACAAGAAAGCACGGGAAGUGCAAGUAGCGGAGGGAGCGGAAGCUGGCUGCCUUUCGAACGAGGGAGGGAGCGAGCUCGGGCGAUAGGGCUCGGCUUAGGGCUCGGGUGGGCAAGUUCUCCCAGCGUGUUGUCUUCCCUCCCCACAGCGGCGUCAGAAUCAAGCUCUAGUACGGGAACAGGCAGCUCGAGCACUAUCACACCCAGGAGCGCGGUACCGAGGACUGCAGCGGGGAAGGCUAAGCGCCCCGAAGUGCGCGUACCCCCCUCCCCAGCUUGGCUAGACGAAGUGGACUAUACCGUUUCUCCUUCUACUAGCUCACCGCACCCUGCCGGUCAUCCUCAUCCUCAUAUCCACACGCAAGCACCCACGGCUCAUGCAGCUGGAAGGCACGGCUCACGUUCCCACACUACGCACAGGGAGCACAGCCCAGCCACAUCGAGUCCCACCAGCCCGAGAUUCGCCCUCCCUCCCGGAGCAGCACCGCCCAGCCCGAUGACCGCCUUCCCUGACGUCGGCUGGCCGUCCACCAACGGAAGCGCUGCGGCUCCUAGUGAGAGGAGCGUGAGCGCUGAUAGGCGCGAGAGGGACGAUAGGGAGGGGAGCGGGUGGGUGUGGGAGGAGGUGGGCUGGGGAUGGGUGGAGAGAGAACGGGAGAGGCAGAGGGCUGCUAGUGGGAGUAGUGCGCUGGGGAGAGAGAGGACACAGAGCGAGAGUGAACGGGUGAGGGAGCGGACCGUUAGUGGUCCGGGAAGGGACGUUGGUGUCCGAGAGGAGCACCCGAGGGGACGGACGAUGUCCGGUCGUGGGAGGGAUGGAAGAGAGCCUACCGUCAGGCGGCCCCCUGCCAGCGCCGACCCUGGCCGAGAAAACCUCGAACGUAGGACAUGGUUCCUCCUUGAGCUGGACGACCUGGAGAUGGAGCAUGAGCGGGAGAGGGAGAGGUUCGAAAGGCAGGAGAGGGACGAUACGCCCAGCUCGGAGCCGGUUGUGGGUAGACCGUUGAUGUUGAAGGGUCAUGUGCUGUUCUAUCCUGAAGGAUUUAGCUGUCCUAAAUGCUAUAACACCGGAUAUAAAGAGUUUGAUCCCUCUCACCCAUGCCGCAAAUGCUGGCAGAAAUACGGCCGUCCCUUCCGGCCCCCACUCACAUCCGCCAUCAGAGCAUCGACGUUCCAGCGUCCUCUUCCCGUCCAGCGCCCACCGUCGAUCAAGUCUUCUUCAGCUGCACCUGCAGGGUUGAGGUUAGGCGCGUGGCCGGAGAGCGGGCCUAGAGGAAGGUUCGCGGGUGCGUCCGGAGCGGGGUUCAUCUUUCCCAAAGCGGCGCCGGGGAAAGGAAGUGGAGGGACGCCGGUGGUGUUCCCUACUCCUGCGCCUGGGUCAGCGGCAGCUAGGGAGAGGGAACAGGCGAGGGAACGAGAGCGGGAGCGGGAGAGAGCAAGAGAACGCGAGCAGGAAAGAGAACGGGAACGGGCAAGGGAGAGAGAGGAAAGGGAACAGGAAGGGAAAUGCCCGGGGUGUGAUGGUGCUGGUACCAUCUCGGUGUUGUUUUUUGACGGCCAGGUAUGCCCUACUUGUAGAGGUACGGGGAUGGUUUUCCUCGAGGACGGAGUGCAGUGAGCUCUUGUGCACCUGUGCGAGGGUGGACGGAAUGUGGACGGAAGGCUGAGCUUGACAUGGAACUUAUGACUAUAUCAUGUAGGAGUAUCUGGAUAGGCACAGGACGGAUUUCGGCUGCAUCGUUCAUCACCCACCGUCAAUUGUUCAUCGUACAUUGUAAUACUUGCAAUAGG